AUGGGACUGGAUCCCACACUGCCCACUCUCAACCAGACUGUGCUCGUCCCUGGACCUGGGCCCUUUGUCCUGCUGGGGGUGCCGGGCCUGGAGGCCUUGCACGCGUGGCUUUCGGUGCCUCUGUGCCUGCUGUACGUGGCUGCUGUGACAGGGAACGGCCUUCUGCUGGGGCUGGUGGCCGCUGACAAGACACUCUGGGCACCCAUGUACCAGCUGCUGGGGCUUCUGGCAGCCGCUGACUUGGUUCUGGCCACAUCCAUGGUACCCAAAGCUCUGGCUGUGCUCUGGGGCCUGUUGUGGGAGAUCUCCUUUGCGGCCUGCCUAGCCCAGCUCUUUGUCACCCACGUGACCUUCAUUGCCGAGUCUUCGGUGCUCCUGGCCAUGGCCGUGGACCGCUACGUGGCCAUUUGCCAGGCUCUGCGCUACGGGGCAUUGCUGACCCAGCGCGUGCGGGAGCUCCCCCACACCUACUGUGAACACAUGGGUGUGGCUCGGCUGGCCUGUGGCGACACGCGCCCCAACAUUUGGUAUGGCUUGGCCACCACGCUGCUGUCCCCGGCCCUGGACUUGGGGCUCAUCGCUGCUUCCUACGCCCUCAUUCUCCGCGCUGUGUGUCGCCUGCCGUCCCACGGUGCCCGCUGCAAAGCCUUGGGCACCUGGGGGGCGACCGCCAGCGUCAUCACUGUCUUCUCUUUCCUGGCUCACCUUUUUGGCCGCCACACGGUGCCCCGCCAUAUCCACAUCCUCCUGGCCAACCUCUAUGUGGUCAUGCCCCCGGCCCUUAAUCUCGUGGGCUACAGAGUACGGACCCAGAAGAUCGCUCAGAGGCUCAGGCGCUGGCCCGGGCUCUUCUGGGCCAGGGCAGUAAGGGAUGCGGGCCCUGAGAAGGCCUCCCGUGGCACUGACUGA